AUGACACCUGCAGAUGCAGCUAAUGAGGCUCUGAAUGAAACACUAGCGGCUGUGCAAUUGUUAAUGAAGCGGUGCAUGAUGUUGUGGCAAGGUGAUCCAGAGGCCUUGAAACUAUCGGAUGAGAUCGCCAGACGUGUUGCAAAAGACUUGAGGCUUCAUGCAGGGAUUGCCACUUCAUUGUCCCCGCAGCUAUUGUCAUGUGCUGCCAUUGUGCGAGACUGCUCAAAGGGUGGCGUCUUUCAGACUUCGCCGGAUUGGACGUCUGUUACCGACAAGGACCCAAGAAUUAAGUGUCACCUGCAGUUCAAUAAGACGAUAGAUUACCGCUCUUGCAUUGCAGUUAAGAUUCCUGUUCUUGUGGAAACUCCAACAUUAUCAUCUUCUGCAACUUCGGCACCGGUCUCAUUUACAACACCACCUCUCGCAGCUGUAUCUACCCCUGAUCUUCCUCCCGGAGACAUGAACCAUGCGAGAAAACCUGCAGCACUGGCAAUAGAACUGUUGCCAUUCUCUGAUCCUGCUGAGAUACAACCUUUUGUGCCAGGCACGAAUGCGAUGCCAAAGGUCGGCAAUGGUAAGAAGAGACGGGCGGAAGAUGACGACCCGGUAGAGGCCAAAUCGGUCGACAUGUCUAACUCGACUUCCUGGUCACGGAAGUCUGUUCCGAAGAGGGAACAGGUUAACCUGACCCACCAUCUGAUUAUAUUCCUUAAGGUGGUACCAUCACCGCUCAUCACCAAAGAGGAUUUGGCACUGGCAUGUUUGGAUUGCUCGGAAGGAACUGAUGAUAGGGGUUUCUGGGAUGCAGAAACCAGGCCUGUUGAAUGGGGCCAGGACUCUGCUAUCGUGAUGGCAGUGAAGGCCAAGGCUAAGGCCAAAGCAGCAGACAACACCCGCAACACUGUCAGACACUCCAAGUCACGUGCCCCCAAGUCCCGAGUUGUGAUCAAUACUCCGGUCAAUACCAGGUCCCGGAAGACCCUGAUACCACCGGCUCUGUCCUCUUCGGAAGUUGAGCCCGAUGUUAUUGAACGCAGGGACUCUGCUCCGGACGCUAAGCCAAUGUGCAUGGAUGUCUCACCGGUUCCCACAGAGGUUCAACCGACACCUAUGAUGUGCCCACCUGCACCCAUCGAGGCAGAAGCGCCAUGGGCGGUCAAUCCCGUGGAGCCUGAGCCAACUGCAAGGGACAUCCUGCAGAGCAUCCAGGAUCUCGGAAGGCGGCUUGAUCUUCUUGCCACCAAUGAAAGGGUUGAUGAGUUGGAUGCGAGACUCGGUUCGGUGGAAGAUAUCUUUGGGCAGCAAUUGAGUGCACUUGAGCAACAUCUCAAUUCAUCGGAUACAGAAUGGAGAGCAAUGUCAGCUUCCAUUGGCCAUUUAACCAUUGCUAUCCGGGACCAUAAAGAUGAUCUGACUGUGCACCAUUCCCAGAUCAACACUACCGCUUACGCCCCCCCUACUCAUGCAAAUGCACACCUCCCGGCCUGGCUCGCUCACAGUGAUGAAGACCCACACAUCUCAGCCAUUGGCCAACAGUGGACUCAUGCAUGGGAUGCGUCCGUUAUGACAGGUGUUCAAGGGCAUGUCGGAACCUCAGCAUCUGCUGCCCUCAUUGCUGAAACUCUUGAUUCUACAGUCCCGGCAGCAGAUAUAUCGCCUGAACCCUUUAGCGAUCUUUCAACAAUAUCCGAUGAUUAA